AUGUUGCGAUACGGUGCAACGAAAUUGAAAGGAUUUGCAUGCAGACACCUUGUAAUAGCCAUCGUAAGUGAAAGCCAAGAAAUAUGUGAGAUGAACUGUCUUGUGAUAAAGAUAGUACAGUCAAUGUCAACGAGGCGGGUGACAACGCCUGCGCCAACAACCACAUCACCAUCGUCAACCAAAGGAAGUUCACGGGAACCACCUGCAACUAAGCGCCCGCAUAAACCCAGAAGAAGGAAUUGCUGCCCAAAAGAAAUAAUGAAGAUAUGCCUCUUAGGCAAAAACAAGAAGUUGUGCAGAAGAAUUCUCAAAAAAUGUGCGUGCAUCGAAUAA